GUAGUGAAUGCUCUAGCACGAUAUGACGCGACAGACGACAAAGAGAGUGAGCACAUCUGCGAGCGCGUCGUACCUCAAUUCCAGCAUGUAAAUGGUAGUGUUGUUCUUGCCGCAAUGAAGGUCAUCAUGAUCCACAUACGCAAUGUUCGACGAGAUGAUCUCGUUAAACAGUUGAUCCGCAAGAUGGCACCACCGCUAGUCACCCUGCUAUCGUCCCCGCCCGAGGUACAAUGGGUCGCGCUGCGGAAUAUCAACCUUCUCCUUCAAAAACGAUCCGACCUCCUUUCGAACGAAAUGAGGGUAUUCUUUUGUAAAUACAAUGACCCGUUGUAUGUCAAGAUCGAGAAGCUUGAUAUCAUGGUACGAUUGGCCAGUGAUAGCAAUGUUGAUGCUUUGUUGAGCGAGCUGAAAGAAUACUCGUCGGAGGUCGACGUCGAUUUUGUCCGGAAGAGCAUCAAAGCUAUUGGCCAGACAGCCAUUUUAAUUGAGAGCGCAGCGGAACGUUGUGUGAACGUAUUGUUAGAGCUCAUUAACACUCGCGUCAGCUAUGUGGUCCAAGAAGCUGUGGUUGUCAUGAAGGAUAUCUUCAGGAAGUAUCCCUCUACCUACGAAGGUGUAAUCCCUACACUCUGCGCUAAUUUAGAGGAGCUGGACGAGCCGGAGGCGAAAACAUCCUUGAUUUGGAUUAUUGGCGAGUAUGCCGAUAAGAUCGACAACGCGGAUGAACUGUUGGGGAUAUUUGUGGACUCUUUCAUCGAGGAGUCGUAUCAGGUUCAACUUCAAACGUUAACUGCAGUAGUCAAGCUAUUUUUGAAGAAGCCUGACUCGUCCCAGGGAGUCGUUCAGCGUGUGUUGAAUACAGCAACGAAGGAUUGCGAUUCACCAGAUGUGCGGGACCGCGCUUACAUAUAUUGGAGGCUCUUGUCGACAGACCCCGGCGCAGCGAAGGCUGUUGUCCUUGCUCAUCGGCCACCAAUAUCUAUCCCGAGAACAACGGUUUCGCCCGCGUUGCUUGAAGAGCUCCUAGGCGAGAUAUCAUCAUUAGCAAGUGUUUACCACAAACCUGCUCAAACAUUUGUUGGUCAUGGACGAGUUGGUGCCGACUCAGUGCAACGCAAAGGAUCAGAAAUUUCAGAUGCUCAGAAAGCCCUCCAGACGGUUGCUGCUGGCCAGCAAGCAGAGAAUCUUCUCGACUUUGGUGAUGAUUCCGCGCAGGAUGGGCAGCCUUCUGGACUCGCUGCUACUCAAAUACUUCCUUCGACACCCGCUGCAGCAAACUUCCUGUCAGGCACUUCCGCGAAUCCACUAGACGACCUUGUGUCGAUCUUUGGUGGUAUGGAAACUAUGGAUACGGGUGCAGGAUCACUGUCAACGGCACUAUCGCCGACAGUGACAUCCCUGUCCUCGCCUUUCGAAGGAUUUGGAGGGUCGUCGGCGCCACCGUCCCAGCCGGCUCAGAAUGCGCAGCCCCAGGAGGACUUGUUAGGGUUGUUCUAA